CAACACCAGCGGCAGUUAGGACGUCUAGGAGAUCCUCGUUAGCAUUUCACCGGUCCGCUCUCACAAAGUUCCGCUGGGUUGUGUGUGUUCACAGCCGAACCGGCGCAUUUUAAUCUGAAUCACACAAAAUGUCGCUGUUUGGUAAGAUAUUCGGCACCGGAGGAGGGACGGGAGGGAAGGGACCGACUCCCCAGGAGGCGAUCCAAAAACUCCGGGAAACGGAGGAGAUGUUGGCCAAAAAACAAGAGUUUCUAGAGAAGAAGAUCGACCAUGAGCUGCUGACGGCGAAGAAGAACGGCACGAAAAACAAACGAGCGGCUCUCCAGGCCCUGAAGAGGAAAAAGCGCUAUGAGAAGCAGCUGACCCAGAUUGACGGGACGUUGUCCACCAUCGAGUUCCAGCGGGAGGCGCUAGAGAACGCCAACACCAACACGGAGGUGCUGAAGAACAUGGGCUUCGCUGCCAAAGCCAUGAAGGCCGCACACGAGAACAUGGACAUCGACAAGGUGGACGACCUGAUGGCGGACAUCACGGAGCAGCAGGAGCUGGCGCAGGAGAUCUCUGAUGUCAUCUCCAGACCAGUGGGCUUCGGGGAAGAUUAUGACGAGGAUGAGCUGAUGGCGGAGCUGGAGGAGCUGGAGCAGGAGGAGCUGGAUAAAAACCUGCUGGAGAUCGAGGGAACAGAAGACGUGCCUCUGCCCAGCGUCCCGUCAACGUCGCUUCCCUCUCAGCCAGCCAAGAAGAAGGUGGAGGAAGACGAGGACAGCCUGGCCGACCUGGAGGCCUGGGCGGCCAACUGAGCAGGGGUUUCCCUAGCAGAGCAGCAGGGGCUGUUGGUUGCUGAUGCUGCUCUGCAUCCCAGCUUCUCUUCCUGCUGAGCGACCUCUGACCUCUGCUCCCUCUGAGUGAAACAAAAUGUACUCCAGGAGCCUGAGGCUACCCUGUGUUUGUGGAAAUGGUGUGUGUGUGUGUGUGUGUGUGUGUGUGUGGGCGUGUGCGCGUGCGUGCAGCAGCAGGACCAGGCUUGUUUUACAGCAAUGUGAAGCAUCAACUCAUGUACAGAAAGUGGCGCGGCAGGCAGCCAUCUUGCUGCUCUCCAUGCUCCUGUCAGUCUGCUGCGCUGCAGAUAUGAUGAACCCGUUUCUGCUGAAUGUCUUAGGAAUGUUGGAUUGGUACUGAACCGUGAUCCACAGAUUACUGAAGGAGCGUUUGCUCCUGUUGCACAGCUGGAGUUUAAGUUUCCAUGAAACCUUCGCUGCUUCGCUUCAGCCACACCUUCAAGUCUUAUUUUCCUUAAAGCAAUUUGGAAGAAAACAUGAAAAAUGUUGCUUCCUUUCAAGAGUUUAAAUAAUCUAAAAUUUCACACACAUCUCUGAAACAGACAUGUUGCAUUAACCAACUGCUUAAAUGUUCUCUGAAUGUGCAUUUAGCUCAGUGAUUUUAUCAAUAACCGGAAUGUCCUGCAGGAAGAACACGCAGCUUUCUGCUCUGAGCUGCUGCUCUUCUCGCCGAGUUAAUCUCCUGAUUGCUGAACAGUUUGGGAUUAAAUGAGACUGAGGUGAACUCCUGAAGGGAGGUUUUCUGUUUCAGCUGUAAAUUGAUAAGUUGAUGUUUGAUCUGUUUCUGAUUGGCCUGCUGCUCUGCUGAAUGAAACGUGCCUGACACCUCCUGCGCCUUGUGAUUUGCGGUUUCCUAACGACUGGAUUUAUGUGUAACUCUGCUCCAGCACUCACUGAUGGACCCGAUGGGUUCUGGUUCUGACUCCGUCUUCCUGCUGAAAUCACCAUGGAAACAAGCUUCUGCUCACUGCCGGGCUGCAGCCUCUCCUCCUGUUCGUCAGAUCUAACCUUUGAUAAAAGCGUUGCAGCUCUUUGUAUUUAUAAUAAGUAAAAAGCUCCAACAUAUGCUGGGAUUACUUUACCUCAGAUGUCGUCAUGCUCUUCCUGACUGCGCUGGUUCUGGACUUUAUCCAGCGCAAACAGUUUCACUGUUACUACAGCACAGGUAACCUGAAUAAAGUUUGGAUUCAAUGACUUGUAAGAAUUGCUGAUUCUCCAAAUAAAAUAAUUAGAUUUUUAUGCUUUUUCUCAA